UUUUUUGCCCGUGCCGUACCCAAGAAAUUGCGAUUUUCGUGUAGUGCUGUUGUUUCGCGAAUUUUCGUGAAAAAUCCUACGAAUUUUCGCGUUAUUUUCACGCGGAAGCGCACUUGCGUCCUCGACGUCCAAUCGUUGGCGCAGAAUUGCCUCUUGAAGGACCGAGUCGGGUCGAAUUGGUUCGUAUCGUUGGCCCUUUUCGGUGACAUUUCCGAGCGAGAUCGAGCUGCGCGACGUACGUCGGUGAUUGGAUCUCUGCCACAUUUUGCCGUAUCCCGGAUUUUCCGGCGGGAUACUGUACAUCGGAAAAUCGUCCGGUGCAGCAGUUCGGGACGCGAUUGCGAUCUGCGCUCGAUAACAGCAGACAGGUUUUCCAUUGUGGCAGCAAAAUGGUCUGAGGGGAUCCAGUGGGAUUUCAGAUCAGCGACGAAUUAUGCCGCCAAGGCAACUGUGAUGCCGGGUGUCGUCGACUUUCGCAGCCGUAGUACGUCGCAGACAUGAAAAAAUUUACGUUCAAAGGGGUUUUGGACAAUUUCCGGAAUUCGGUGGUGCAGGCGCCCACCAGGCCCGAUCAGGAGAUCCAGGAGACGCUCAAACCGGACAACUUUCAAGUUAAGAGGACAUUUCGACAUGGCUUUCCUUACCAACCAACGUCGAUGGCCUACGAUCCGGUACAGAGACUUCUCGCUAUCGGCUCAAAAUGCGGAUCGCUCAGGAUUUUGGGUCAGCCAGGGGUCGACGUUCACAUGCGGCACGACAUGGAAGGCCCCCCGGGGUCCGCGGCUGUUCUCCAUCUCCAAUUUCUCGUUAACGAAGGUGCCUUGAUAUCGGCGACGGCCGACGACACAUUACACUUGUGGAACUUUAGGCAAAAGGUGCCGCAGAUAGUGCAAAGUUUGAAGUUCCAAAAGGAGAAGAUCACUUGCAUGAAUCUACCCCUGCAGUCGAAAUGGUUGUACGUGGGCACGGAAAAGGGCAACGUUCACAUAGUACAAAUCGAGAGUUUUUCCCUUUCCGGUUACGUGAUCAACUGGAACAAAACUAUCGAACUCACCAGAAAAACACACCCCGGAGCAAUUGUCCAUUUAAGUGAUAAUCCAUUAGACGCUAGUAAAUUAUUAAUAGGAUACGAAAGUGGCCAAAUAGUCCUUUGGGACUUGCGAAACCGUAGCACCGAUAUGCGGUGGCUGACCGGCGAGCUGAGGUCGAUCGCUUGGCACUACGAGGGCAAACAGUUCAUGUGUUCACACACCGACGGCACCCUGACCACUUGGAGUUUGAAGAACAAUCAAAAAUACGUUCACAUUUCACAACCUCACGCGAAGCUGAAUAAAGACGGUAAACCCGAACAGUGCAAACCUAUACAUAAGAUAGAAUGGAAGAGUAACAGAUCAGGGGAAUCGUAUGUGAUAUUUUCGGGCGGGAUGCCUUACGACCAAGCCGGUAGAACGCCCAGCGUAACCGUUGUAUAUAGUAAAACCACCACCGUGUUAGAAAUGGAGCACAACGUUGUAGAUUUCGUUACGUUAUGCGAAUCUCCUUAUGCGAGCGACAUGCAAGAACCCUACGCGAUAAUAGCCCUCCUCCAAAACGAUUUGGUCGUAAUGGACCUCCAAACUCCUGGCUUCCCCUGUUUGGAGAAUCCUUAUCCGAUGGACUUGCACGAGUCUCCGGUGACGUGCUGCACGUACUUAGCCGACUGUCCGGCGGACCUCAUACCCGCGUUCUACUCGGUGGGGAGGGCCGGCGCCAUGAAGCGACAGGGCUAUUCCGAAAUGGAUUGGCCCAUCAACGGGGGUAGCUGGUCCGCCCAGGCUUGCAGCUACGCGGAGGUCAUACUAACGGGUCACGCAGACGGCAGCAUAAAGUUCUGGGACGCCAGUGCUGGCACGCUGCAGGUCUUGUACAAGCUGAAAACGACCAAAGUGUUCGAGAAGCCCAAGACGAGGUCGCUAGACGCGGAAGACGAUCCGUUCGCCAUUCACUUGAUUUCCUUGUGUCCCGAAUCUAGGAAAAUGUGUAUCGCCGGCGCAUCUAGCCACGUCAUCCUGUUUACGUAUAAGAAGAGCGAGAGCAGUGAGGAGGUAACGGUACUGGAAAUUCCUAUCGUCUACGAAGUCGUUGAAGACGAAAUAUCGCCCGACUGUCAAUUUUCGGCACCCGGCAGCGCGGGUUCAGGUACCAAGAUGGACAUGCUCGACUUUGACAAUAAAAAGGAGGGACCGACGUUGAAAGUGAAGACGGGGUUGCAGAAGAAAUCGCCAGGGUUUCAAGCGCAGUUGGUGUGCCUGACGCCGUGGAACAACGGCGAACCGCCCACUCACAUAACCGCCCUGACAAUCAACAGCUCGUACGGACUGAUGGCGUACGGUAACGAGGCGGGCUUGGUGAUCGUGGACAUUGAACAGCGGGUUUGCCUGCUGAACGUGGGUAGUCCGGACCUGUACGGCGCCCAGGAUCCGUACUCGAGGGUACCGAGGAGUCCCAAAAAGAACCAGGUGGCGACCGAGUGCAUCCCGCAGGACUUUGACCGGCAACCGAGGAGUCCCAGUAUUGACCAGAUGGGACGCUCGCCCGAGUCGCCAUUUCAUUUUGCCCCUUGCCCCACCCCAAUCGAACAGGCGCAGGAAGCGUUCGAAGAGGAUAGUCGGGAAUCCAUACCGAUUCCUGUGGCGACGGCGAUGAGACGCAAAUCUUCUACAUGGAAGGGCCUCAAACGGCAAUUGAGCAAAGUCGACAUCAAGUUAAAAAACCCGCUCAAGGAGAAACGCCACAGCGUGUUUUAUUCGGGCGUGUUACCCGGCCAAGAGGUCAUCGACAAUCUGGAGGAGGAGAACUUUUCCUCUCCCGAUUCCGAGGAGAAUACCGUCAUAGAUCAGACGAGCGUGAAGCUCGCAAACGAACGGUAUUAUCACGAUUAUCAGGCUCAGUUGUCGCCGGAUAUCGACGAACCGGUCGAGACGUUUUUCGAUAGAAAAAUGAGCUUCGCGAUACGUCCGGAUAAUUUAGAGUUGCCGGAUGAGGAAGCGCCCAUCAAACCCCCGCGGGGGAUUAAAAAGAAACCGGCCAAAGACCAGAGAGGUCUCCUAGUGCCUAACACGAAAUUUCCGAAGGGUGAGGCUCAGAACUGCGUAGACCUGCGCGACAAGGAGGAUCAGAUGAUCAGUCCGCAGCCCUCGUUCACCGGCAAUCUGAUGAGGCGUUUCAAUAAACUGGACAGCAGCUUCUCGCGGUCCAGAUCGAGCUCGAUGAGCAGCUUGGACAACAUCACCUCCGAAGCUAUCCAAUGUUUGAUUUUCGCCGACUCGUAUACCAGAAAAUCAGAACCGACAGCGCUUACUCCGACCCUGUGGGUGGGUACGAGCCUGGGUUCGGUGUUGACGAUCCUGAUAGCGCCGCCGGACCCCGACAGCAGGUCGUCCCAGCCGGUGGUCGUUUCGAUGGUCGGCAUGACCAUCUUCAGGCUCAAGGGGCCCGUCCUGAUGCUGUCGUUCCUCGACUGCAACGGUGCCCUGAUCCCGUACUCGUACGAGUCGUGGCGGGACGACAACAGGGAAAAGAGAGACAGAACGCCCACCAGAAACCAAAACAGGAUGAGUCCUACCCUGGGCGGGGGCGAGAGUCAGGGCCGGAGCGACAACUACAGUGACCGUCAGUUCGUGGUGAUCGCGAGCGAGAAGCAAGCCCGCGUGGUGGCGCUGCCGUCGCAGAUGUGCGUCUACCGGCAGCAGUUGGCUGACGGCGAUUUCGUAGUGAAAGCGGAGGUGAUUUCUUUCAGGGAUAGCGUCUGUUUGGUGUGUUACGUGUCGAACGGUCACCUGAUGGCGUACAGUCUUCCCAGCCUCAGACCACUUCUCGAUAUUGACUUCUUGCCCCUUUCGGAGCUAAGUUUUCAGACGCCCAGUAAUAAAGGGAUAGUUGAUCCCAUGUUGACUAUAUGGGGCCAACAACUAAUCGUUAAUGAGGACACCGACCAAAUCACCCGUACGUUCGGAUUCAGCAACAGAGGCCACGGUCUCUAUUUGGCCUCCCCUUCGGAACUGCAGAAGUUCACUUUGUGCGCGGACUUUUGUAAUGAUUUGACCGAAAUGCUGGGCGAGCUGUUCCUGCCGUGCGAUAUGCCGGAACCGCCAAAGGAGGGCUUCUUCAAGGGUCUGUUCGGAGGCGGUAUCAGAUCCUUAGACAGGGAGGAAUUAUUCGGCGAGUCGAGCGGCAAAGCAAACAAGUCGAUCGCGAAGCAUAUCCCCGGCGCCAAUCUGCAAGACCUGGGUCAGAGGAGUUCGAGCGCGUGCAGCGAGGUCAACAGAGCCCACAAGCUCAUGCUGGAAAGAGGCGAGAAGCUCACGCAGUUGGAGGAGCGUGCGGAAAGGAUGCGAAACGAGGCGGAAAACUUCAGCGGGUCAGCCCACGAGCUGAUGCUGAAGUAUAAAGACAAGAAAUGGUACCAGUUAUGAAGCGUUUGUACCUAACGAGAGACCACCCAUCCCCGUUUACUAUGUGAUAUAUAUAAUGUGCAGAAUACAAUAGCAAAGGAAAGCAAUGGGAGCGGAACUAUAUAAAUAUAUAAAUACAGUUUAGGCGUUACAGUAGGGUUUCAGACACUGCAGACGUUUCUACCGUUUUCUACUCGAGCAUGCGUUGUCAGCUUACGGGCGUAGCAAUGGCGCCCGGAUAACAUAAUUUCCGUCAAUUUCGCAAGGUUGUAUUUUCUUUCGCCACGUCGUAUAGUUUUCCGGCAUUGAUACUGAGCGACCCACGGUUGAACGUAGCAUUUUCUGUAUAAAAUAAAACGGCGUAAAUUUUAAUUAAGCGCAAAGAAAUGGCGCGAGACAAAAAAUUGAGCUUUCAAAUCGCUUAACGAGAAAAAUCAGUGACGGUCACUAUACACUAUAAGAAGCCCUUGUGGCGUGGAUAAUAAAAAGAGGAUCGUGUGUAAAAACUUUAGCACCUGUAUUUUGAAAAGUCGCAUAUCCGACCAAAACGAAAAAAUCUUAUUUUUACCGAUUGAACCGCCUAUUAACUGGAAUCGCAACCGCGUGAUUUGAAAGUGGGGCAAAUUUUACAACAGGAGAGGCCGGGUAAAUGAGAGAAUGGGUUUUGCUGAUAUACGGAAAAUUUUUCAAUUGUUAACUUUACUAAAAAUUUCUUGCUUGCUGAGAAAGUAAAUUUGCUGGACAUGCUUUGGCUAUAUUAACAACUCAAUAAAAACGCAGUUUUGGGAUGGAUAAUUGAAUAUUGUAAUUGCAAUGCAAAACUUCUAAUUUGACAAUAACCAGCUAAACUCUUUUUUUGCAUCCAAUGGAUUACCCUUCUAGACAACUCUUAGACAGCAUUUCUGAUCAUAUCAGAAGAAAUUUGUCGGAUAUAAUUUCUUUCAGGUGAUCAAUACCACUAAUGGUGUAUGCUUGUCCACUAAUUCCUUCAAAUGACGGCACUAGAAAAAAAAUCUAUGGCUGUAAUGUUCAGUCAUUUAUUUGACCAGGGUAGAUAGGUGGGGAGAUAACGAGAUAUGGUUUUCACUGGUGCGUUAGGCCCUCACUCAUAUGUUUUCAUAAAAUAUAACACUUAUUCUGUCUAUGGCAAUUAUAAGCAAUAAUUAUAAUAUGAUAUUUCAUGUAACCAGUUCUGGUAUAAAGUUUUAUGCAAUUACUGCACCUUUUCUUGUGUUUCGCCUUGCUAAAACUUACGAAAACAACUCUUCGUUUUGGUGACGGCUCGGGAAUUGACGGUCUACCAAUCUUUUUUCUUACCAAACUGCGUGUGCAAUUUGACACCUGAAUACUGUCGGUCUUUUAUACUUAGUGUGCCGACGAUAGAGAAGUUACGCAUUUAUUAUGCAUUUAUUAACAUGGACAGACUUCUUUUUUCAAGUUUUCAUCGUACAUUGCAUUCUACAGACCUAUAUCCUUCAAGUGACAUAAGAGAUCGCAUGAAAUGAACCAAUUGUCAUAAAACGGUUUACAAUUGAGUCCAAAUAUCGUAGUCGUAUAACAAUAUCGCCACUUAUGUGUUCGUAGACAGAGCAGAUUUAUUCCUGCUCCAGCAAACAUUUUUAUGCCCCAUUUAUGACAUACUGGUUCAACCACCUUCAAUUUUAGAAAUUUUUUUCUAACAAGGCCCUCACUUUGAAUAACAUCAUAAUUUUCAUCCUUCCUGACUUUCAUUUUAGUAUUGUUAUUAAGAUGUAAAUAAUUUCGGAGUUUGUCAAACCUGUUACUUGACAUAUCUUGUAACUAGGCAUUCUGUCAAUCUCACGAUUUACCUCUAAUCCUAUUUGAAUUCUGAGCAAUAUUUGCCGUUCAUCUGUACCAAUUGAUUUUGAAUCUAACAUGUAUGGAAGUUCUGCCUCUUGAUGAUCUUCAUCAGAACUUUUUUCUCCUAUAUCUAUGCCAGAUAUGUCUCCUUGUAAUAAUAGAAGCAUUUUCUUUUCUUCUUGCACCGUUAAAAAAGUUGUAUCUGUUUAUAUUUUCAUUUUCUGUAUGUGCUACACAAACGUAAUGUGCAAAAAAAGAGGCCGGGAAGAACACUGACACAAGACACAAGACACUUGACUUUACUGCGCCGAUAUUACACAAACUCAUAUAUACACAUACAUAAGAAAAUACAAAAUAUGGGACGCAUUUCUAAUCUACCGCAAAAAGCUCUUCAUAUCUUAGAAAUGCGAAUAAUCAACAAGCCUGAAGGAAAUAUGACAUUUGUAUAAAAACGUGGGAAAAUAAUGCUCCAAUAAAUACUAGUGCCGCCAUCUAUGCUAUUUAACCGAAACCUGCGUGUGACCGCAUCGACGUUGACAGAGAUCUGCAAAUUGAAUUAGGUUAUGCGUACCCCAUGUGGCAUCAUUGGGUUGGGAAGGGAAGAUGUAGAACAAAAAAAAACAUUUCCCAUUACUACCCUAAAUAAAAUUUGCCUUACCAAAUCCGUUCGAUACCUUGGGUCGCCCUGUAAGCUUAGUGUCAGAAAUGAGAAUCGCAUCUGUAAAUACAGAACAACGGGCAACACACCUAAAUUAGACCCGUGUAAAUAUGUUACUAUAUUAUACAAGAAAAACACAAGCGUAGCUUAGAGGUUGUGUCGACCCCUAUACCUUCUACUUUAGAGUGAAUAUGUUUCAGUAUCCCCAAUCGACAAUAAGUAUAUAAAAAAAGUACUUAAAAAUAAGUUGCGCUACAUUUGCUUCAUUUUGAAUUCAGUUCCGUUCGAUAAACGGAGAAAAUGCGAGUACCUAUUCAUUUUUCCCCUACCACCGAACAUAUCGAAAUUUUUUUUAACAGUUUUUGUAACGGAUAAGUCAGAGGUUCCGACUUAAAUCAGGGUUGCUGAAAAACAAAUUAGAAGUCAGUCAGACACGGCCAGAGAGAAAGUCGCGUGCCUCGCAUUUUCUUUAGGUCAUAGCAGGUCUUCCUUCUUUAUCGCAAGGGCCAAAAUAAGACGUGUAAUUAUUACUCCUCGUUUGAGUUUGGGCUUUUGUGUGUAGUGUCCUGUAUAAACCGAAUCAUUAGGCGUUUACCAAUAGGUUUGUACGAGACUUUGCAUAACGCUCAUCACCUAUAGCGUCUACCUUGCUGUCGUUUCAGGGUAUGAACUUUCGUUGCGUACCUCGUAUUAUACAGGGUGUUAUCUAAUAACUGUCCAAUAUUUGAAGUGUUUUAAGGUCAAAUUGACUAUAAUAAACCUUACUUUAUAUUAUUAAUUUUUGGUUUAUACAGGCCCCAAUUCUUCGGUAUAAGCAUCAAAUUUUGAACACCUUACUAAUUGCAAACUAUAGCUUACGAUAAUUUCAAUCUUUGUUCAAGAUAUUUCGAAUAUUCUAUCAUUGUUAUAUUUGUAGUUGGGUAUCCAUUGCUCUUAAUUAAUUUCAAACACCUUAGACGUCUGCAGGUUAACAGUUAUGCACAGAUUUUCUAUUGAAUCAAUUUCUGGGCUACAAGAUGGCAACUGCAGUGCCCGUUUUGCUUGCUUGGGAAUUUCCAAAGUACUGAAAAAUUUCUUCUAGAUAUAUAUGUUAAUGUGUUCCAUACUGUUCCAUGGUACCAGUUAUUCUGGAAAGUGGACCAGGAGGAACACUAUUUUCAUAUUGUCGAUAUUAUUUGUUAUUAUUUAUUAUCAUUAUUAUUUUUACAUAGAAUAACAAGAUUUAAGCUUUCUUCCUUUGAAUUCCUAUGUGAAACCAUGCUAAAUUGUAUUUUGAAUUUAAACUUUUCACUUUACUUUUUGAACAAUAAUUACUGUGAAUUAUUUAAUAAUUACAACGGCAUUUUAGGCGUCCUUGAUUGGGAGCUGUACUAACCAAAAUAAUAGUAAUCGAGUUCCCCAGCAAAAAUUAUUUUUUGUCAGCAGUAGCAGAGUUCCAGGCAAAAAAAUAUAUAGCAAAUGGCUACUGCAGAAUAUUCGAUAACAAAGUAUCUAUAUUCCAUUUUUAUAUGAAAAAUAAAAUUUUCCCAUUAGUUAUUCAUAAUAAAAAUAUUUGUUUAAAUUUGUAGUGUUAUAGCUUUUUGUAUUAGAUAAACAUUUUUAAUUUAGUUUUUCCAGGAAAGUGUGUUACAUUAUUUUUAAAGCAGAAUGCGGAAAAAGAUGAUGAAAAGUCAAAUGAUACCGCAUUCACUGUAUAUAGGUAUAUAAGGUAUCUUAUGCUUGUUCUACUUAUAGGUAUAACAUACAGGGUGUGCCAUUAAGAUGUUGGUGUUUACAAAUCUCGAAACGCAUACAGUAAAAAAAAAUUGAAAAUUCGUUAAACCCAAGUCUUGUGUGCAUUGUUUUUGUGUAGGGCACAACAUUUUAAAUUUACAUUUAGGAGGUUUAAAAAUUAAAGAUAGCUUAAAAAUAAUACGCAAAAAUCAAUUAUCAUUUAACUGUAUUUGAAUAAUUGUAGCAAAAGGUAAAAUAUAUAGAGUGUACAAAAAAAUAAAAGCUAAAUGAGUAUUUUCACCAAACUUUAUUUCUACAAAUGAUGUAACAUUUUAGUGAAGCGUAUGACCACCUAAAUUGUUAAUAACGGCUCUCCUGCUUCUCUGAACUCUAAAUUAAAUGAAUUUGUUGCUCUAAACAAUUUAGCAACUCAUUUCUUCUUUGAUAUACUAAAUUUUGUGCUGAUACACGCGUCUGAACCAAUAUCCCGCGCGUGCUCAAUGAAAUUUAGGUCCGGCGAUUACACAGGCCAUGGUAAAACGUCGAUAUACGAUAGAUAUUGAUUUUCUGAUAAAAACCUUGUCAACAGAAACGAGCUGAAUACUAUUUCCUAAACUGAUACCAAACCAUACUUUAGGUUUUACCCAAAGUCUUUCUUCUCGAGUCUGAGCUCAACCUAGAUCUAGAUUCGUCCGUAAAGAGAACACGCCAUCAAACUUCGACAUCCCAUUUUAAGUGUUGCCGGACCUAUUCUAAACGCCUAUCUCUAUUUCCUCUGGAAAGCACAGACACCCGACCCUCUCACAUGAAGUCCAUAGUCGUAUGGGCUACUUCGUUUAUUUUGGCCACCUACGGCCACAUGAUUCAUUCAUUCUUAUCUGGUUGUAUCGUAAUAUGGUUGAUAUAAGCUACUAAUUGCACUUUUGGAACUAUUGGCAGCCUAUGCUGUGCUGUGGCAGCAUAGCAAUAGUUCGUAGACGUGUAUCGUAGUCAGGAUUGUGACGAUCCAUGUUAUUAUAUAACAUUUACACAAAGUCGAUCACUUAACACGUCUAAACACACUGAUCAAGGCAGAACAAUAGUUUGGACAUUUUACACAUUUUAAGACUGAAAAGGAAUGUUCGAAACAACAAAAAAACAAAAAAAGUAAUUUGCGUUUUUGUUAAUAACAUCCUUCCAAAGUAAAAAUAGUUUUUAGGCCUGUCCCCUAUUUAAGGGGGCUUUCCUUAAUAACCUUAAAUAUUGCCUUAACCGGGCUAAAAAAAAAAGAAUUGGGACGCGCUGUAUAAUCCAAAAGGGUAUAAUCUAAAAACUCCCUCAAAUACAAAAAACUUUUGUAUUUCAAAUUUAUUGAUUUGGUAUCAAUGGAUCGCAGACCCAGUGUGCUAUCAACUUAAAAUUUAAAAACUCCCUACUAGCUAACAAGGUGUGUAAAAAUUUUCUACUAAUAGGGUAUCAAUGGCACAUAUAUAUAUAUAUAUAUAUAUAUAUAUAUAUAUAUAUAUAUAUAUAUAUAUAUAUAUAUAUAUAUAUAUAUAUAUAUAUAUAUAUAUAUAUAUAUAUAUAUAUAUAUAUAUAUAUAUAUAUAUAUAUAUACUAGUGUUUAUAUUUUCAUAAUUUCCACUUCAGGUAUGGAACAUAAAUGCCUGUUAACCUUCGGCAGCCUGGGCAAGGAUAAUUGAAUAUCUUUUGAGGUUUUUUUCAGGCCUUUCCAACACAUGUUGAAGAGAUGAAGAAGUGUAGUGAAAUAUCUGUAAUUUCCAUAAUUCCAUCAAUUUCGGUGGCUUUUCUAUUCGGUGCAGCUUUCAGUGAGCUCGCCUGAAUUUAUUACAUCUAAUCCAAUAAUCCAGUUUUCACUAGUAGUAGUUUGCACUGGGAACUUAGUUUAAAGCAAUCUUCUCAUCAUUCUUUAUACAUUCAUCUUCUUCUAUUGUGUUUAUUUAAUAUUUUCAUUACUUUUACAGGUAUUUGUUGUGUUUUAUAUCAACUCCAAGAUUUUUCAUGCUUGUCUGGUUAAACUUUUUGCCUCAUUCCUAGUUUGGCGAUAGUUUUCCUCAAGCUUUUGUUCAAUGUUGUUUGUUAGGUACUUAUUAAAGGCCUACUGCUUUUAUUUCUGUUUUUGAUACCUUGUUUUCUUGGCUACUUUGUUUACAACAUUUCUCCAAUCUUUAUAUAUAUCAUCUAUUGUUUCCGCUGUUGAUUCAUUCUUCUUUGGUAUAAGUUUUUCACAGUCACUUUCUGAUAUAAACUUCUUGUCUAUUUCGGAUAUCUCCAGCAAUUGGUGGUAUAUGAUGAGUCCGAUUUGGCCAGCUAGCUUUUGUCAUUGAAUAGUCUAUGAUAGCUAUUGAGGUAUACUUGUGGGUAUAUCUUUCUUUCUCUAUUUUCACUUUUAAUAUUUGCCAGUAAUUAGAAUUAUCUUGUUGCACAAUUAAAUAAAUAAAUACAGGAUGUCAAACGUUUAUUUGUAUUUUUAUUUGGUGCCUGGAUGUUAAAUUAUACAGAAAAACAAAAAUGAAAAUAAAACUUUGAUACUUGUACCUUUAAUCUUGAAUAGUUACCCUAAAAAUACUUGAAAAAUCACCCCGUGAUAUAUCGGAUGCCUAUUAAAUAACACCCUGUAGAUCGCAAUAGGAAACCGACUUUGUAAAUAUAAGUGAAGGACAUAACUACUUGGGUAUUCUUCCUCUUUGAAAUGUUUGUUUAUUUUUAAAUGCCGUAUUUUUAUCACCUGUUGAAAUUUGUUCGUUGUAUAUUUUAUCGUUUCCGUUGUGUUUUAGAUAUCGCCGCGGGGUGGUGGGUUGUUAUCCGACGUUUCACCACACCUAGAGAUAGUUUUUUAAAAGUAUAUUGUAACAUUGGAUGCGCAAUUUAAUCGCGUGAAAGAAAGAGACAUUGGACGAAUCGUCGGACAGCGACUCAGCCUCUGCCGCUAGGUUUAAGUGAAUUGUGUUUUUCUGUACAGUUCAAAUUGAAUUGAUGGUCGUAGUGAGCCAUUCAUAUAUUAACUGUUCCAAAAAUAAAUAAAACGGAUUGUUUGUACAA